AUACUUUUUUUUUACAAAAGCUGUCAAACUUAGGAACUGUAUUUAUAAUUAACGUUAAAUUAUAUUAGUGUUUUUGUUUUUAUUUUCGCUGCCCGAAGAUAACUAGUUGCGGCAUGGCAUUUCUGCUCGUCUUUGCUUCAAAUGUGAUAUAAGCGUUUGUAAGAAGAUCGUCGACUUUGUGAUAUGUAGUGGAGGAUGUAUGGAUCUGCUCACAUCCAUAUAUGUUAAAAGAGAGAGAUAAUCUAGACCUAAAUAUGCCCAGAAGGAUUCAAUUGUUCAUGGAUCCAAAUAUGUGAUAUACACUCAUCCAUUGUUUCCAUCUGAGAAGGUUGUGUUCAUUGUCAAUGCAAUGAUUGAAAGCGUCUCGAAGAGGGCUUUCAGUGGUUCUAGUGGAACAUACAAUGUACAUGCCUUGGAACUAGCUGCUGCCAGAGUUCGAACCCAGAAAGGUUUAAGCAUUAAGGUGUUUUUCCUUGAUGACACAGACCAUACAUUUCAUAUAGACAAAAGGGCAAAAGGAACUCAACUAUUAGAUCAAGUCUAUCAGCAUUUAGAACUCGUUGAGAAGGAUUACUUCGGCUUGCAGUUCAGUGAGAAUGGUUGCACACCAACCAAUAACAAACCAGAAUGCAUGCGAUGGCUAGAUCACAAUAAGUCGGUAAAGAAGCAACUGGGUAACUGUGAAGACAAAACGCUCUAUUUUCGCGUAAAAUUUUACGUGAGUGAUCCAAGCAAGUUACAGGAGGAGUACACAAGAUAUCAAUUUUACUUGCAAGUUCGACGAGAUAUACUGGAAUUGAGAUUGCAUCUCCCGCCAUCAACGGCUUGUCUUUUGGCGAGUUACACUGUGCAAUCUGAAUUGGGUGACUAUCAACCUGACGAGCAUGGCCCAGACUACUUAUCAAACCUACAACUGGUUCCGGAACAAAAUGACGACAUGGAGAGGAAAAUAUCCGAAUUGCAUAAGCUUCAUAAAGGGCAAUUACCGGCCGAUGCGGAAUUCAAUUUCUUAGAUCAUGCAAAGAAAGUGGAUAUGUAUGGGGUUGAAUUACACAAAGCUAAGGAUAACACUAACAAGGACAUUCAAUUGGGUGUGACAUCGCUGGGUUUAGUUGUCUUCCUAAAUAAUAUCCGUAUUAAUACCUUUUCAUGGGCGAAAAUAAUGAAAAUCUCAUUUAAGCGCAAGCAAUUCUUCAUACAACUUCGAAGGGAACCGUCGGAAAAUUACGAUACUCUACUAGGCUUUAACAUGGAAACGUAUAGAUCGUCGAAAACACUGUGGAAGGCUUGCGUGGAACACCAUACCUUCUUCCGGUUGCAUUCGCCUAAGGUACGUCGGCGUUUCCCGUUAUCAUUGGGUUCCAAAUUUACUUACUCUGGGCGAACCGAGUUUCAAACAGUGGAAGAGGUCAGGCAACGGAGCAGAUUAGAGCGGAAGUUCGUUAGAUCGCCGAGCAGGACGAUAAUGAGGCAAACGAUGCCGCCGCCAGCUCUUGAGGAUAAGGGUAAGAUACUACCAGCACCAGCAAGGCCUCCACGGCCUUACGAUAAUAAAGUAACGUCGUCGGGGGCCAAGGAGCCAAGGAAAGCGUGGGAAGAGGACGACAAUAGGUUAUCAGACGAUUUUAACGACGGCGUAUUUCUGGAGCGGCCGUCGGAAGGUCCGUUUUCUCCGGGGAAGGUGUUGAGUUACGUCGACGAAGAACCGCCAUCGCCCACCUCUAAUGGUUUAUACGACACACCUCCGUAUAGCGGCAGCCAUUCGCCCACAUCGCAGAUUGUUGACGAAGGGAUGGUCAUGAUCGUCCUGCAUCCUGACCAAGAUGGCAAGUACGGGUUUAACGUGAAGGGUGGUACGACGAAGGAAGAUCCUAUUUCCGUCUCACGCGUUGCUCCUAACACGCCCGCUGAUAAAUGCAACCCCCGAUUAACGGAAGGUGAUCAAUUGUUGAUGAUCAAUGGGAUGGAUGUGCAACAAUCAUUGCACGCGGACGUCGUAACUAUUAUUCAGGAGGCGAGAGUAACAAAUUCUGGACAACUAAUCUUAACAGUCCGUCCGAACGCACUAUACGGAGUCUCCGAAGAAUACGAGGAGCCACCCUAUCAAUACGUUCCUGUGAGUGGAGAAUUGCAUAACCGCCCCCCGUCGCCAAGCAAUGCUCUUGAACAAAGCAUCCUCCUCCUUGCUGAUGGUCUAGCUAGUGGAGCGCUUAUCGCCCAAUACGAGAUGCUGCAUAGGAAGUAUCCAGACCUGACGUGUGACGAAGCCUGCAAGCAGAAGAACGUCAACAAGAACAGAUACAGAGAUAUAUCACCAUAUGAUAACACCAGGGUCGUCCUGGAAGAUUGUCCCAAUGGCGAUUAUAUAAAUGCGAAUUACGUGAAUAUGCCCAUUUGCGGAACAGAGAUAGUGAAUAAGUACAUUGCUACUCAGGGACCAUUGCAAAACACCACCGAGGAUUUUUGGCAGAUGAUUUUGGAGUCGGGCAGCAGCUUGAUCGUUAUGUUGACGACGGUGAUAGAACGGGGUCGGGCCAAGUGUUACAAGUAUUGGCCAAAUGUUGGUGAAUCCUUGCCGAUGGCUAACGUUACUGUUAGAUGUGACGAAGAACUCUCGGACGAGUCCAGCAGCUUUGUAUAUCGAAAUUUUACCUUAAUUGAUAAUAAGAGUAACGAAGAGCGUGUGAUCAAACAUAUGCAAUAUGUCGCAUGGCCGGAUCACGGUGUGCCUAAUUCACCUGCUCUCUUCCUGGCUUUCACAGAUCAGGUGAGAGAGGCGAGGCAGAACCAGUCCAAUGAUGCCUCUGCCCCGGUCGUUGUCCACUGUAGCGCCGGUAUCGGCAGAACCGGAGUCCUGGUGCUUAUGGAAACCGCGAUGUGCCUUAUGGAGGCUGGCCAACCCGUAUACCCACUUGGAAUAGUACGGAGCAUGCGGGAACAACGUGCCAUGAUGAUUCAAAAUGCUAGUCAAUACAAGUUUGUGUGUGAGAGCGUACACACGGCGUACACGGAGAAAAUUAUUUAGGAUUUUUUGUUUAUUUAAAUUAUAUAAAUUGGAUUGAUUUCCUUCACAGUAAAAAAAUGUUUAAGAUGAAAUAAACAGGAGGAAAUGGAGUAAAAGAAAGUACCUGCGAAUCGACGAUGACAAAGAGAGAAAGAAAGAUCUACAACUGCAAAGCACAAAUAUAUAUUUUUAGUUCAUAGGUAAGUAUUAUGUAUAAGAAAAGCGAUCGUUUCAAGAAAACUUAUUUCAUACUAUCCAAGACUUAAGAAUAAGAAAUGCAAAAUUUCCAUCCAAAUUUCGUCCAGAACAGAGAAUCAAUGUUAAUACUCAAUUAUUUUGUUUUCUAAUCUAAUUAGAAAAAGUAACAUAAGUUGUCGAACAAUUCAAUAUGAAUUCGUCGCAGUUUUAUGAUAGUAAAGUGAAUGAUGUAUAUGGUAAAACAAACAUUUUUAUAAUAUAUAUAUAUAUAUAUUAUAAUUUAUGCAUUAUACAUAUAUGUAUAUAUUUGGAAAAGUGAGUUUUAUUAUGUAGAAGGUCCAAAUUCGAGUCACGGUUUUUCAAGUGAAGCUGUGAUAUAUAUUCAUGACCAAUAAGUCAUCUGAUUAUCGAUUAUCUACAUGUUUUUUUUGUACUUUGUAUAAUGAAAAAUAGAUUGCGACAAGAUGUUUCAAACUAACACGAGAACUGCCCAAUUUUAUCGUAUUUAUAUAAUUAAUGAGAUGAUUAACGAAUUAAUGCAGCAACUAAUAGUAGUUUUAAGUUCUGUCCGACUCGUAUACUUGAUCGCAUUAACAUUCGGUGCAUGUUAUGAAACGCACAAUACUAUAUUAUAUCAUAGAUUAUUUAUCUUGUUGGACCAAGUGUACUGGCCGGAUGGUGAUCGUUUUUUCAAGUGGAAUUGCGGACGGCAGAACUUUAAAAUUUAAAAACAAAAACUUGUUUUAAUGAAGCAAUGAUCUCAUUUACUUUUUAUGAAAAUUCUAAAUGAUAGCUUGGAUGUUUCAAGUCUGAUGACCAAAGUAAAUGUAAUUAAGAAGACAUCGGACUUUCCAAAAAUAAUCUGUUAUUAGAAUGUUCGUCCGUCGUCCAUUUGGAAGCGAAAAAACGUUUGUCCUAUUAUAUAUUUUCGUUUUGUUUUCAUUAGUAAAACUUAAUUAAAACUCGUCCACUAAUUUAGUUGAGAUAUAUUUUAUUUUAUUUUUUUCGUUGUAAAUAGGAAUAUUAUGUGUACAUGGAACCUUUUAAAUAUCAUAUUUG